GGCGCGUGAGGAGGCUCUACGGGGCCGAGCGACGCGCGGAUGGGCUGGCCGCGGGGCGUGCCACGGCGCCUCGCGCCCCCGCCUGCGGCCUGGCGGGGGGUCUCGGGGCGCAGGCGCGGUGGGCCGGGCGCGGGGGUCCUCCCCACGGGUGCGCGGGCGCCUUUGUUCCUGGCGCGCGGGCGGGGCGGGUCCUCGGGCCGUCCCGCCCCCGGUGCUGAGAGCCCGCCCCGUGUCCGCCCGCAGGAGCCACCGCCGGGUCCCGCUCGCCGGCCACCUCAGCCGCCGCCGCCGCCGCCUCCUGCUCUUGGUCUGCGCCGCCGUCGCCCCCAGCGUCGGAGCCAUGGCGGGCGCCGGGUCCCCCUGCGCCAAUGGCUGCGGUCCCGGCGCGCCCUCGGACGCCGAGGUGCUGCACCUCUGCCGCAGCCUCGAGGUGGGCACCGUCAUGACUUUGUUCUACUCCAAGAAGUCGCAGCGGCCCGAGCGGAAGACCUUCCAGGUCAAGCUGGAGACGCGCCAGAUCACGUGGAGCCGCGGCGCCGACAAGAUCGAGGGGGCCAUUGAUAUUCGUGAAAUCAAGGAGAUCCGUCCGGGCAAGACCUCACGGGACUUUGAUCGCUAUCAAGAGGACCCUGCUUUUCGACCAGACCAGUCGCACUGCUUUGUCAUCCUCUAUGGGAUGGAAUUCCGCCUGAAGACCCUGAGCUUGCAAGCAACGUCUGAAGAUGAAGUGAAUAUGUGGAUCAAGGGCUUAACUUGGCUGAUGGAGGACACGUUGCAGGCGGCGACACCACUGCAGAUUGAGAGGUGGCUUCGGAAGCAGUUCUAUUCAGUGGAUCGGAAUCGUGAGGAUCGAAUAUCAGCCAAAGAUCUGAAGAACAUGCUAUCCCAGGUCAACUACCGGGUCCCCAACAUGCGCUUCCUCCGAGAGCGGCUGACGGACCUGGAGCAACGCAGCGGGGACAUCACCUACGGGCAGUUUGCUCAGCUGUACCGCAGCCUCAUGUACAGCGCCCAGAAGACGAUGGACCUCCCCUUCUUGGAAGCCAGUGCUGUGAGGACGGGGGAGCGACCAGAUCUUUGCCGAGUGGCCCUUCCUGAGUUUCAGCAGUUCCUUCUCGAGUUCCAGGGGGAGCUCUGGGCCGUCGACCGGCUCCAGGUGCAGGAGUUCAUGCUCAGCUUCCUCCGGGACCCCUUGCGAGAGAUUGAGGAACCAUACUUUUUCCUGGAUGAGUUUGUCACCUUCCUGUUCUCUAAAGAGAACAGCGUGUGGAACUCUCAGCUGGACACAGUGUGUCCAGACACCAUGAACAACCCUCUCUCCCACUACUGGAUCUCAUCCUCACACAACACGUACCUGACUGGGGAUCAGUUCUCCAGCGAAUCCUCCCUGGAAGCCUAUGCUCGCUGCCUGCGGAUGGGCUGCCGCUGCAUUGAGUUGGACUGCUGGGAUGGCCCAGAUGGGAUGCCAGUCAUUUAUCAUGGACACACCCUUACCACCAAGAUCAAGUUCUCAGAUGUCCUGCAUACCAUCAAGGAACAUGCCUUUGUGGCCUCAGAGUACCCAGUCAUCCUGUCCAUUGAGGACCACUGCAGCAUUGCCCAGCAGAGGAACAUGGCCCAGUACUUUAAGAAGGUGCUUGGGGACACACUCCUAACUAAGCCUGUGGACAUUGCAGCCGAUGGGCUGCCCUCACCCAACCAACUCAAGAGGAAGAUCCUCAUUAAGCACAAGAAGCUGGCUGAGGGCAGCGCUUAUGAGGAGGUGCCCACCUCUGUGAUGUACUCUGAGAAUGACAUCAGCAACUCCAUCAAGAAUGGCAUCCUCUACUUGGAGGACCCUGUGAACCAUGAAUGGUAUCCCCACUACUUUGUUCUGACCAGCAGCAAGAUCUAUUACUCUGAGGAAACCAGCAGCGACCAGGGCAACGAGGAUGAGGAGGAACCCAAGGAGGCCAGUGGCAGCACAGAGCUGCACUCCAAUGAGAAAUGGUUCCAUGGAAAGCUUGGAGCAGGGCGCGACGGGAGGCACAUCGCCGAGCGCCUGCUCACAGAGUACUGCAUCGAGACUGGGGCCCCUGACGGCUCCUUCCUGGUUCGGGAGAGCGAGACCUUUGUGGGCGACUACACGUUGUCUUUCUGGCGGAAUGGGAAAGUCCAGCACUGCCGUAUCCACUCAAGACAAGAUGCUGGGACCCCCAAGUUCUUCUUGACAGACAAUCUUGUCUUCGAUUCCCUCUAUGAUCUUAUCACACACUACCAGCAAGUUCCCCUGCGCUGCAAUGAGUUUGAGAUGCGUCUGUCAGAGCCCGUUCCACAGACCAAUGCCCACGAGAGUAAAGAGUGGUACCACGCGAGUCUGACCAGGGCACAGGCUGAGCAUAUGCUGAUGCGCGUGCCCCGUGAUGGAGCCUUCCUGGUGCGGAAACGGAGUGAGCCCAACUCCUAUGCCAUCUCCUUUCGGGCUGAGGGCAAGAUCAAGCAUUGCCGCGUCCAGCAGGAAGGCCAGACAGUGAUGCUGGGGAACUCGGAGUUUGACAGCCUUGUGGACCUCAUCAGCUACUAUGAGAAGCACCCACUGUACCGUAAGAUGAAGCUCCGCUAUCCCAUCAACGAGGAGGCACUGGAGAAGAUUGGCACAGCUGAGCCUGACUACGGGGCCUUGUAUGAGGGCCGGAACCCUGGCUUUUACGUGGAGGCAAACCCUAUGCCGACUUUUAAGUGUGCAGUCAAAGCCCUCUUUGACUACAAGGCGCAGAGAGAGGAUGAGCUGACUUUCACCAAGAGUGCAAUCAUCCAGAAUGUAGAAAAGCAAGAGGGAGGCUGGUGGCGAGGGGACUAUGGCGGAAAGAAGCAACUAUGGUUCCCUUCAAACUACGUGGAAGAGAUGGUCAGUCCGGCAGCCCUGGAGCCUGAAAGGGAGCACCUGGAUGAGAACAGUCCUCUGGGGGACUUGCUGCGGGGGGUCUUGGAUGUGCCAGCUUGUCAGAUUGCCAUCCGUCCUGAGGGCAAGAACAACCGGCUCUUCGUGUUCUCCAUCAGCAUGGCCUCGGUGGCCCACUGGUCUCUGGAUGUUGCUGCUGAUUCACAGGAAGAACUACAGGACUGGGUGAAAAAGAUCCGUGAGGUGGCCCAGACUGCAGAUGCUAGGCUCACUGAGGGGAAGAUGAUGGAACGGAGGAAGAAGAUUGCUCUGGAACUCUCUGAGCUUGUCGUCUACUGCCGACCUGUUCCCUUCGAUGAAGAGAAGAUUGGCACAGAGCGAGCUUGUUACCGGGACAUGUCAUCCUUCCCGGAAACCAAGGCUGAGAAGUAUGUGAACAAGGCCAAAGGUAAGAAGUUCCUCCAGUACAAUCGCCUGCAGCUCUCCCGCAUCUACCCCAAGGGCCAGAGACUGGACUCCUCCAAUUAUGACCCUCUGCCCAUGUGGAUCUGUGGCAGUCAGCUGGUGGCCCUCAACUUCCAGACCCCAGAUAAGCCUAUGCAGAUGAACCAGGCCCUCUUCAUGGCAGGCGGGCACUGUGGCUAUGUGCUGCAGCCCAGCACCAUGCGGGAUGAGGCCUUUGAUCCAUUUGACAAGAGCAGUCUCCGGGGACUGGAGCCCUGUGCCAUCUGCAUCGAGGUGCUGGGGGCCCGGCAUCUGCCAAAGAAUGGCCGAGGCAUCGUGUGUCCUUUUGUGGAGAUUGAGGUGGCUGGAGCAGAGUAUGACAGCACCAAGCAGAAGACAGAGUUUGUGGUGGACAAUGGACUGAACCCAAUGUGGCCCCCCAAGUCCUUCCACUUCCAGAUCAGCAACCCUGAGUUUGCCUUCCUGCGCUUUGUGGUAUAUGAAGAAGACAUGUUUAGCGACCAGAACUUCUUGGCUCAGGCUACUUUCCCAGUGAAAGGCCUGAAGACGGGAUACAGAGCGGUGCCUUUGAAGAACAACUACAGUGAGGACCUGGAGUUGGCGUCUCUGCUGAUCAAGAUCGACAUUUUUCCUGCUAAGGAGAAUGGUGACCUCAGUCCCUUCGGUAGCACAUCCCUGCGAGAACGGGGUUCAGAGGCCUCCGGCCAGCUGUUUCACGGCCGAGCCCGCGAAGGUUCCUUUGAAGCCCGGUACCAGCAGCCGUUUGAGGACUUCCGCAUUUCCCAGGAGCAUCUUGCAGACCACUGUGACAGUCGAGAACGAAGGGCAAGGAGGACUCGGGUCAAUGGAGACAACCGCCUCUAGUUCUCCUGCGUCGUUGGAGAGCAGCAGGGGCUGUGCGCCGCACGGAGUGCCGUCAGCUGGUUCCAUGGGAGCGGCCCGCUCUGGCAGCCUUCCUGGUCUUGCAGCCUGGAGCCUGGAUUCCAGCGGGGAAUGCUAGACAACCAAGCCAUUAAUGAGAUGUACUGUUUGGGGCCUCCAUGCCCAGCUCUGGGUGAAGGGGCUCACAUUAAGCACACACACCUGGCCCUGACUUCUGGAGGUGGACCCUCCCAUUGCGUGGGGCCAGGACCACGGCCAAAGCCCCAUGGAGAGAGGGGCUGCUUCAGCUCGGGCACGGGAGGCUCAGAGGAGCUACUGACGUUACUGAGAAAUGGAGGAAGAGGAGGAGCCUGGCUGGGCCAAGGAAACAAAGUUUACAUUGUCCUGUAGCUUUAAAACCACAGCUGGGCAGGGGGAGAAGGCAGCUGCCCCUGCAGUUGGGCCCUGGAGUCGGGACAGAGGAACGCAGGGCCCGUGUGGAGAAAGGCUCUGCCUGCCUGAGGAGGACACAGCACAAGGGCACACUGCCCACGGCUGGGGAUGCCACCUAGCCUGAAACAGGGGAUCAUGAUAAAAAUAGCAGUAUUAUUUUUUCUUCUCAGUGGUAUUGUAACUAAGUUAUUCCUCCUUUUACUCCUCAGCCUUUUAAGGAAGCCUCAGAUUCUCUGAGAGUGGCAGGUGGGCCCUGCCAGGCUGGGCGGGCUCAGGAGUGGAGGAACUGGAAGGAAGAGAGGACAUAGCAAAGCCUCUUCUGGUGGGUAUUUUUUAAGGCAAAAAUGACUAUGUACUUUCCCUGAGGGAUGAGAAAAGGGAUUGAGGAGCUGCCUGUCUCAGGGGGAGGUGUGGUGGCAGGCAGGCCGGCAGGCCUGUGCAGAAUGGAACUGCACAUCACUGCGGCUUCUAACUGACCACCAACAUGGAGAUAGAGAGGUUUAGUAAGGCAGCCCCCACCUGAGGGCAGAAAUGGGGUCCAGGCCCGUGGGCGCCAAGGUGCCUCGUAGCGUAGCCAGCAUCCAGCACACGCAAACCCACUGCCCACAUGUGGGCUCCGGGUUGGCCAUUUGCUAAUUCUCCUGCCCUGUUAAAAUCUGACUGCCAAAUAAAUCAUCCUCAUGUCCCUUUUUC